AUGGGAGAGGCCUUGCAGGAACACCGAGGGGCCGUCCUGCUGCCCAGGAGCUGCUGCCACCCCCAGGGAGCUACCAGCAGCCAAGCUGAGCUGGCUGGCAGCAAGAUGACCCUCACCACCACCACACCAGCCACCAGUGUGGCCCAGGCUUUCUGCCUCCUGCUCUGCAUCCCCUGGGGCAGCUCGUGCCCCCCCAGCUGCCAGUGCACAGAGCAGGCAGGGGCAAAGGCUGUCCUCUGCAGCUCCCAGCACCUGGAGGAGAUCCCCAAGGACAUCCCCACCGAUGCGGUGUUCCUCAAGCUGGAUGCCAACAGCAUAACCAGGAUCCCCAGCAAUGCCUUCAGGCACCUGUCCCACCUGGAGGAAAUCGACCUCUCCAGGAAUGCCAUCGAGAAGAUCGACAGGGCAGCUUUCAAAGGGCUGGCAGCUGGGCUGCGGACCCUCGACCUCUCCAGCAACCGCAUCAGCAGCAUUCCCAAGGAGGCCUUGCUGGCACUCAACGCCAAGCUCCGGCUGGCCAACAACCCUUGGCACUGCGAGUGUGCCUUGCAGGAGGUGCUGUGGGAGGCACGGCUGGACCCCGACUCCGUCCAGGACAUCACCUGCCACACGGCCCCGCGGCAGGAGUACGUGGGCAAGCCGCUGCUCCAGGUCCUGGAUGCCGGCGUCAACUUCUGCAGCGUGCGCCAGAGGACCAUGGACGUGGCCAUGUUCAUCACCAUGUUUGGCUGGUUCGCCAUGGUCAUCGUCUACGUGAUCUGCUACGUCCGGCACAACAGGGAGGCCGCCUGCAAGCACGGGAAUUACCUGAAGUCACUGCCGAGCACCCAGGCCCACGCAGAGACCACCAGCACCGCCCUGUAGUGCAGGGCUGGGGUGCCACCUUCCAGCUUCUUUGCAGGGAGCCAGUGGCCACCUGGUGGGCAUCAAAGCUUCUUGGCGGGAUUCUCCAGUGCUUUCUUCAGGCAAGUGCCACCAAUGUCCCCUCCCCAGAGACACCGGACUGAGUAUGAGCAAACGACACGGGGCAGGGAUGCCAGGGACACCCCAUGCAGGCCUGUCCGUCGAGAUCAGGUUGCUGGGGAUGAACAUGCCCAGCCAGACGCUUUCUCCCUACCAGAGCUGGAUGCAGCCCCAGUCACAUACUUGUGGUCUGGAGAGAACAAGUCCCUGGCACAGAGAGAUGGGAGGAGAGAUGGGUUGUGGGGCCAGGAGGUCCCUGGGGUGCAGAGGGUCACUGCAGAGGGGUCACCCCAUCCUGGCUCCAGUGAGGGAUCAGCCUUGCCGAGGGCAGGACACCCUCCCCGAGGCCCCGCAGUACCUUGGCAGCCUCUGCCUGCCUCCAGCGAGCCGGGGGGAACUCCAAAAACCAUUUUUUCCCUCAUUUCCUCAAUAAAGCCCUGCACUUAGGAAAAGCCCUGAGGGUUUGUGCUGCACUGGGAGCUGAGUGUCCAGGGAGGGUGGUGGUGCUUGUGGUGCCUGGGGGGCUUGUUCCAAUUCAAUCUCUCCCAAAGCACACCCACCUAAAUUCAAUGUACCAGCACAACCCCCAUUAGGUGCCACCCCCUC